GUUUUGGAGUGUAAUGGGGGGAUGGUGACCUCUGGAUGACCUAAAAAACAAUUUUUAAUAUCUCAGAAACAAACUAGCAUAAACAAAAAUGUUAAAGGCACAAACUGCACUAACCACUCAGGCUUUUUGCUGGAAUUUUUCAUGUAAGUGGGAUGUCGGCUUCACUUGGCUUAGUCUAAAAAUAUUGCAUACAAACAGUUAUUUUAGAAUUUUGAUAUUUUGCACAUUAUAUAAAUAACAACUACUAGAGGAUCAUUCCAUAAUCUGUCCUUAAUCUGUGGAGACAUUAACAACUUUUAAAAUUAUUUCUCCUCUAUUAACUUUCAUAUGGAUAUAAUAUCUAUCCUUGUAAGUACUGAUGCAGCUCUCUCUGAUGUGCUCUGGUUCUGUCACUCUAGAGCCAUUUAGGCAAUGUUCUUGUCGACAUGAAGCUGAUUGAUAUAAAAGACACUUUGCCAGUGGGCUUCAUCCCAAUCCAGGAGACUGUCGACACUCAGGAGCAGGCCUUCAGAAAGAGGCGGCUUUGUAUCAAGUUUAUUCCGAGAGAUUCAACAGAGGCAGCUAUCUGUGACAUCCGUAUCUUGGGACGAACCAAACAGGCCCCUCCUCAGUAUACUUUUAUUGGGGAGCUCAACAACAUGGGAAUCUGGUAUCGCAUGGGAAACGUUCCUCGUGCUCAAGACUCGACACACACAUCAACAACCAACAAUGUCCAAAAUGCUAAUUCCUCCACUGUUCCAGUCUCAGCUGGUCCUAUGCCCAAGCAUAUUUCCAUGACCCUGCCAGCUAGCUUCAGAGGAAAGAACACCACCAGACCAGACUAUGAGCACCAGAACUCCAAUCUGUAUGCUAUCUCAGCUAUGGAUGGAGUGCCUUUUAUGAUUUCUGAGAAGUUUGCCUGCACCUCUCCUGAUCUGCAACAGGUGGAUCUGAUGGGCAUUACUAUUAAGUCUCUUGCUGAGAUUGAAAAAGAGUAUGAUUACAGCUUCCGCACUGAGCACAGUGCAGCGGCUCGCCUCCCUCCCAGUCCAACACGAACCUCCUUGAGCUCUGAAGCCUGAUGUCCUUAGCAACUCCCUAGGCAAUAAAUCUCAACAAGAGAGACACAGCUACUGAAUACCUGCCCACACCAAAAA